UUGUUUAUUUUUGUUUCCAGAGACAAUUCAACAGCUGACAAAAUGGCGCCGAUGGUUAAAAAAGGAAAAGCAGCGGUAGCACACAAUGAGGAUGAUGGAGUAAUGCGAACUCUUAUUCGAAAAAAGAGGAAAGCAUUCGAUAUCCUGGCUGAAAUUUUCUCCUUUUUGUUUUCCAAUGUUGGCCUGCUUUUCCUUUGCAUUUGCUAUGCAUACUUUGGAGCUCUUUUGUGGAUUUCUCUAGAACUUCCAGGAGAGGAACUGGCAUAUAUUGAGAAGCAAAAUGUUGCAAGGGAUUUGAACGAUACAGCCAACUUUUUAGCUGAUGUUUUCUGGGGUCUGAUGUGGCAUAAAAACCCAGAAAGACGGUUUACAAAAGAGAAGUUUCUAGAGCGGGCAGAAUCAGAUGUGAAUCUUUACAUCGAAAAGAUUUUAGAGGCUUUAGACAAAAACAAUUAUGAUGGGCAGGUUGAGGGUUGGGAAUAUGACUGGACUAUUCCAAAAACUCUGGUUUUCACGAUCUCUGUAAUGACAACUAUUGGAUAUGGAAAUAUCACCCCUAAGACUUUUUUCGGUAAACUUCUAACUAUCCCUUACACUAUGAUUGGAAUGCCUUUGCUUUUUGUGUUUUUAGGAAAUAUUGGUGCCGUUAUGGCAGAACUCUUAAAAUUGGGAUAUAGUCGUCUUUGCUGCAGGUGGUGCCGUGCUAGGCGAUUAGUUUCAGAGAGGCCCCCAGGGCAGAGCUCUCGUAAAGCUAAGAAGCUGAUUCAUGAUAUAGUUGGAGAAGAGGAGUAUAUGCCAACUUCAGAGAUUGAGAUCCCUGUAGUCCUCCUCCUGGUGAUAGUAUUAUGUCUCCUCCUCACCGGGUCCUUCCUGUACCACUAUCUAGAAGACUGGGACCUUAUGGAUGCUGCAUACUUUAGUUUUAUUACUGUAACAACUAUUGGAUUCGGAGAUAUGGUUCCUGAUAAAAGUUUCCAGGACUUUGAAGUCUCGUUCAUGGGAAAGGUUAUAAUGUGCAUCAGUGUAUCUUACAUCAUGUUUGGUUUGGCAUUCUUAUCCAUGGAUAUCUCUCUUAUUCAGGAGAAUAUAAUGCUGAAAGCGGAUAGAUUGAAGAGAACUAUGGGACUGAAUAACAGUAAACGGAUCAGAAUUGACAAAGUUUCUGUCAGGGAGAGAUUAUACAGAGAUAAUAAUGGAGUUUUUGUUGGGCUCUCAGGACCGGAUUCUGUUUCAAUUGUAGAAACCAUUGAGACUGAGUCUAUGAUGAGAGAUGACACUUAUAGAAUAUGUUUAGACUGA